CGCCCGUCCGCACUGUGGAGCCGCGCGAUCCGGCACUCCGGACUGCUAACAAAACCAUGGCAACAUCUCCCGCUGCUGCUUUCGAGACUCUCAUGAAGGGAGUGGAGAGCUGGGACCUCCCCGAAGGUCCCGUUCCCAGUGAGCUCCUCCUCAUUGGCGAGGCUGCCUUCCCGGUGAUGGUGAAUGACAGGGGCCAGGUGCUCAUCGCUGCGUCCUCCUACGGCCGAGGCCGCCUCGUGGUUGUCGCCCACGAGGGCUACCUGUUGCAUUCUGGAUUGGCUCCGUUUCUUCUUAAUGCUGUGGGCUGGCUGCGGCCUUCUCCUGGGGCUCCUGUAGCAGUGCAUCCGUCCCUGGAAUCACUAGCAAACCUUUUGCAAGACUGUGGCAUCGAGACACAGAUUAGGCCACAACCCGGAGAGCCCUUAGGAGUUUACUGCACCGAUGCCUACAAUGACGCCUUUCCUGAGCAACUCGUCCAGUUUAUGAAACGUGGAGGAGGCGUGCUCGUUGGGGGCCAAGCCUGGUAUUGGGCCAGUCAGCACGGCCGUGACAAGGUGCUAUCCACGUUCCCCGGGAACCAGGUGACCAGUGUGGCAGGAGUGUACUUCACUGAUGUCUAUGGUGACGUGGGCCGUUUCAAGGUCUCUAAGAACGUUCCAAAGAUUCCCCUCUAUGUCAGGUGUGGCUCAGAGCUCCGGCAGGACCAGCAGCAGCUCUUGGGUGGGAUCACUGAGCUGGACAUCAACACAGGGUGGGCCCCCUCAAAGUUGCUGGUGCAUGGGGCCCUAGCCUUCCCCGUGGGACUCGAUGCGUCCCUAGGCUGCUUCCUGGCAGGUGCUCGCUACGGCCGGGGCCGGGUGGUCUUGGCUGCUCACGAAAGCAUGCUCUGUGCGCCCAGGUUGAGGCCAUUUUUGCUCAAUGCUGUUCGCUGGUUGGCCAGAGGCCAGAAGGGCAAAGUUGGGGUGAAUACAAGUCUUAAAGCUCUGCACUCGCUUCUGGAGCACGACCUGGAAUGCACCCUCGAGUCCCAGCUAACCCAAGACUUGUGUGUCUACUGCUGCAAGGCUUACAGUGCCAGGGGGGCCAAGACGAUCCAGGAGUUUGUGGCUGAGGGCGGGGGGCUGCUGGUAGGCGGGCAGGCCUGGUGGUGGGCCUACCAGAACCCAGAGCGCAAUCCCCUGGCUGGCUUCCCUGGAAAUGUCAUCCUCAACUGCUUCGGCCUCAGCAUCCUGCCUCAGACCAUCAGCCGGAGCUGCUUCCCAGCCCCGACUCCACGCAUGCAGAAAUACCACCUCCGCAAGGCGCUGUCCCAGUUCCAGGCGCUGUUGAACGGCGGAGGGGGGACCAUGGCAAAGAACUACCUGGCGAGGAUGGGGGAGGAUGGCGCGGCCUUCCUUCGGAUUCCUGCACGGGGCCUUCCUGCCUAUACCUCCCUGCACCGGCUGCUCAGGAAGAUGCUGACCCAGGCCGGCCUCCCGGCUGUGAGCAAGACAAACCCAGUAGCCAAGGACUCCUGCGAGGCCACGCUUCUCUGUCUGGCCACGGAGUUGGCGCACUCGGGCACUGACUGCUCCUGGCUGGCCCAGGGCCUCGGCGAUCAGACCUGCUCCCCCAGGCUUCCCCCGUCAGACCAUCCCGUCACCGUGGAGGUGGAGGGAGACAACCCAGGCGACGAUGAGGCCUGGGUGAGCACGGGGCUCUACCUCCUGGAAGGGCAAAGUGCGGAGGUCUCCCUGCCGGAAGCUGCUGCCUCUGCCGGCCUGAAGGUACAGAUUGGCUGCCACACUGAUGUCCUGAGCGACGCCAGCCAACUGUGUCGGGCCCCCGUGGUCACGCACCGGUGCUGCAUGGACAGGGCCCAGCGGUCAGUCUCCUGUCUCUGGGGUGGCCUCCUGUAUAUCAUCGUGCCCAAACACUGCCAACUUGGCCCAGUGCCCGUGACCAUCAGGGGGGCUGUGCCUGCCCCCUACUAUAAGCUGGGUAAGACUUCCCGGGAGCAAUGGAGGCGGAGUGUCCAGGAGAAUGCGGCCCCUUGGGGUGAGCUGGCCACAGACAACAUCAUCCUGACAGUGCCAACGACGGAUCUCCAGGCCCUGGAGGACCCCGAGCCUCUGCUCCAGCUCUGGGAUCGGAUGAUGUGGGCCAUAGCCAGGCUGGCGGCCCAGCCUUUCCCAUUCCGCAGACCCGAGAGGAUUGUUGCCGACGUGCAGAUCUCCGCUGGCUGGAUGCACGCGGGGUACCCCGUCAUGUGCCACCUGGAGUCGGUGCAGGAGCUCCUCCACGAGCCCAGCAUGACAAGCAGUGGAGCGUGGGGACCUAUCCACGAGCUGGGCCACAACCAGCAGCGCGAGGGGUGGGAGUUCCCCCCGCACACCACGGAGGCCACCUGCAACCUGUGGUCAGUGUACGUGCACGAGACCGUCCUGGGCAUCCCGCGGAGCCGGGCUCACAGCGCGCUGAGACCACGCGAGCGAGACAGGAGGAUCAAAGCCCACCUGAGGAAAGGCGCGCCCCUGAGUGACUGGAGCGUAUGGACGGCUUUGGAGACAUACCUGCAGCUCCAGGAGACCUUUGGCUGGGAGCCAUUCACCCAGCUUUUUGCCGACUACCAGAAUUUCUCUGACCUCCCCGAGGACAACACAAGCAAGAUGAAUCUCUGGGUGAAGAAGUUCUCUGAAAAAGUACAGAAGAAUUUGGUCCCCUUCUUUGAAGCCUGGGGUUGGCCUGUGCAGAAGCAAGUGGCCGAGAGCUUGGCCGGUCUGCCCUGUUGGUUGGAGCAUCCCAUGACCACGUACCUGGGUACCAACGAGUAAAAGACGGGAGCAGUUGGGGCAGCAGAUGGAAAGCAACCCCCUGAGAUCCGGCCUGCCGCACUCAGUGCCUUUGAAGCAUUUUCUCAACCAUAUGAUUGCUUGUCUUGACAAUCAGCCCACGAGAAAGCCUCGUGAGGACAACUAAUCUGGGACAUGUCCCCUCGCAACUCCUCUCAGCUCAUUCUUGUCUACAGUAGGACCAUUUCCUUUGCUCUCACUAGUAUCCGUUGUUCAAAUGGUCAGGAAAUAGUUAACUGCAAGAACAAUAAUGACCGCUGACAGAGAAUGAAAUCCCGGAGUCGGAAUUGGGAGUUUAGACACAGUAUUGUCUUUUUUUUGUUUCCCCCAACCAUAUAUUUAUUUUUGUUUUGGUAAGCUUUCUAAGAACCAUCUUUAAGUAGCUGUACCAAGCCUUCACCAUUCAAUAAAGCCG